UGUUUCGGAUUUUAGUAUGGGAAAUGGCAUACAAACGGCCGGUUGUUUUGCUUAUUCUAUCGCGCAUUUUACGGGUUUCAAUGUGAAUUGGUGAUUUCGUGUAAAGACAAAAUUGUAAAUAAAAAUUAAUCAAAACGACGGCAAAACCCAAACAGCAGCAUUAGUGUUGAAGAGAUUACGAGAAACAGAUGAGUGAAUGAACGAAAUGACGAUGUCUGAAUGAAUAUUGCGUUUGAAUUCAAGUGUCCAAAAUCAAAAUAAAGAGAAGACAUUUAUUGCAAUUUUUUCUACAAGUUUUUAAACCUGAUUCAAAUCUUGAUCUGGCAUAUACCACGACUGCGAGUGUUCAAUUAAUCGGAUUAAAAAAUAUACAUAUUUUGGUAACGAUAAUAGUAAAAAAAUGCAAAAAAAGUGCUGAUGGAAAUUUUCUGAUACAAGUUUUAAUUAGAAGCGCAAAAAAAGAAACUAGAACAUUUGAUUUUGUUAAAGUGGAAGAAAAAAAGUGAUAUCCAAAGAAAAGGGACUUCCAAUAGUGGUUUCACCAUUCAAUCGAACAUAGGACAUGACAAUAGCACAAACGUGCAUGAAAACUAUAGCGAUAUAAGUGCAGUUUGGUAGAAAAAAGUUUUUGUUUGAAAUUUUUGUGUGAUUUUUAUGCAAAACGUUAGAAUAACAUAAAAAAAAAAUGGAGUGGACAUGGCUACGUGAUUGGUGGCGUUUGAAAAGGCUUCGACAUUCGCAAUUACGCCAUUCACACGAAGAUAUUUAUUAUGGUCAUAACAGUGACGACGAAGACGACGACGAUGAUAUUUGCUAUUGUGACGAAUGUGUCGAUGGUGACAUUGAUCUUUGCGGAGGCGAUCCAAACGAUGGCAUUGAUUCAGAUUGCAGUGCAUCAUCAAAUUCCGGAAAACAGGUGCUGGUGGGCAUAUGUGCAAUGGCGAAGAAAGCACAAUCAAAACCGAUGACAGAAAUACUGACCAGACUUCGUGAAUUCGACUACAUCCACAUGAUUAUAUUUGACGAAGAAGUCAUUUUGAAAGAACCAGUUGAAAAAUGGCCUUUAUGUGAUUGUCUUGUGUCAUUUCAUUCGAAGGGAUUUCCUCUUGAAAAAGCAAUCCAAUAUGCAUCACUGCGAAAAUGCUUCACUGUCAAUAACUUACCGAUGCAGUACGACAUUCAAGAUCGACGAAAAGUCUACGCGAUUCUUGAAAGUGUUGGCAUUGAAAUUCCAAGAUAUGCCGUACUUGACCGAGACUCUCCCGAUCCAAAGCAUCACGAAUUAGUUGAAUCCGAGGAUCAUGUCGAGGUUAAUGGAAUUACUUUCAAUAAACCUUUUGUAGAGAAACCUGUAUCGGCGGAAGAUCACAACAUUUACAUCUAUUAUCCCACAUCAGCUGGAGGUGGUAGUCAACGAUUAUUCCGAAAAAUUGGCAGUCGAAGUAGUGUUUAUUCGCCAGAGUCUCGCGUUAGAAAGACUGGCUCAUUUAUUUAUGAAGAUUUCAUGCCAACCGACGGUACCGAUGUUAAGGUAUACACAGUUGGACCUGACUAUGCACAUGCUGAAGCCAGAAAGAGUCCGGCACUCGAUGGCAAAGUGGAGCGUGACAGUCAAGGCAAAGAGAUACGGUAUCCGGUCAUUUUGAGCAAUGCCGAGAAACUUAUAUCACGCAAAGUUUGUAUGGCAUUCAAGCAAACCGUUUGCGGUUUUGAUUUGUUGCGAGCCAACGGAAAAUCAUUUGUAUGCGAUGUGAAUGGAUUUAGUUUCGUUAAGAAUUCGAAUAAAUACUACGAUGAUUGUGCGAAAAUUUUGGGAAAUAUGAUUUUACGAGAAUUGACACCAACUUUGCACAUCCCGUGGUCGGUCCCAUUCCAACUUGACGAUCCGCCAAUUGUACCAACUACUUUUGGGAAAAUGAUGGAACUGCGAUGCGUGGUGGCAGUAAUACGGCACGGAGACCGUACUCCAAAACAAAAAAUGAAAGUUGAAGUGAAACAUCCAAAAUUUUUCGAAAUAUUCGAGAAGUAUGAUGGUUACAAACACGGUCACAUCAAACUAAAACGACCCAAGCAGUUGCAAGAAAUUUUGGAUAUAGCACGUUAUUUGCUAUCGGAAAUUCAAACAAAAUCGGCCGAUGCCGAAGUUGAAGAGAAACAGGGCAAAUUGGAGCAACUGAAAGGCGUUUUAGAAAUGUAUGGACACUUCUCAGGCAUCAAUCGAAAAGUACAAAUGAAGUAUCAGCCGAAAGGUCGUCCAAGAGGUUCAUCCAGUGAUGAUGGUAACGGAAAUAUUACUUGCGAUUCAAAAGAACCGUCAUUGGUAUUAAUUUUGAAAUGGGGUGGAGAAUUGACGCCGGCGGGACGCAUUCAGGCCGAAGAGUUGGGCCGAAUUUUCCGCUGUAUGUAUCCAGGUGGGCAAGGCACAUCAAGGCACGACCAGUCUGGUACACAAGGAUUGGGUUUGUUACGACUUCAUUCAACAUUCCGUCAUGAUUUGAAAAUCUAUGCAUCAGACGAGGGUCGUGUACAGAUGACCGCUGCGGCGUUUGCAAAAGGUUUAUUAGCGCUAGAGGGUGAACUGACACCGAUUUUGGUACAAAUGGUCAAAAGUGCCAACACGAAUGGCCUUCUUGACAAUGACUGCGAAAGCAGUAAAGUCCAAAAUAUGGCCAAGAAUCGUCUGCACGAACUAAUGCAAUUGGAUCAUGAAUUCACGGAUGAAGAUCGAAUGGCGAUAAAUCCAACAAAUAGCAUUAGCAUCGCUCAGGCGAUAACUUUUGUAAAGAAUCCAGCUCAAUGUUGCACACAUGUGCAUGAGCUAAUCAAAUCGUUGCUAACUAUAAUCGGAUUGAAAAAGGAUGAUUUGAAAACACGUGACGCCAUUCUGUAUCAUGGCGAAACCUGGGAUCUAAUGGCCCGUCGUUGGGGAAAAAUUGAAAAAGACUUUUGCACAAAGAAUAAGUUUGACAUUUCAAAGAUUCCGGAUAUUUACGAUUGUAUAAAAUAUGAUCUUCAGCACAAUCAACAUACACUGCAAUACGAACAAGCGGAAGAGCUUUAUUUGUAUGCAAAAUAUUUGGCAGACAUCGUCAUACCACAAGAGUAUGGUAUUACAUUACCGGAGAAACUAACGAUUGGUACCGGUAUUUGCACGCCAUUAUUGAAGAAGAUCAAGGCCGAUCUGCAACGAAAUAUCGAAGAGGUUGAAAAUGAAAGUGUGAAUCGUUUAAAUCCACACUAUUCGCAUGGCGUCACAAGCCCCGGUCGUCAUGUACGCACACGAUUAUACUUCACAAGUGAGAGUCACAUUCAUUCUCUGCUCACAGUGCUUCGAUCGGGCGGCUUAGUCGAUGUUAUGACCGACGAACAAUGGAGACGUGCUAUGGAAUACAUUUCGAUAGUCUCCGAAUUGAAUUAUAUGUCGCAAAUUGUGGUUAUGUUAUACGAAGAUCCAACGAAGAACGUCUUAUCAGAAGAACGUUUUCAUGUCGAACUCCAUUUCAGUCCAGGCGUCAAUUGCUGUGUUCAAAAGAAUUUGCCUCCAGGUCCAGGUUUUCGGCCACACAGUCGAAACGACUCAAUUGCUUCAAAGAACACGAGUGGCGAAGAUGAUUCAGCUCCCGCACGAAUCGACGAAGAAAGUGAUAGCCCGCAAGAUGAACAAAAGAAAAGCGUUAGCCAAAAAUCAGUAAUGUUCAGUAUUGGUGACGAUGCAAAUGAUGCAACGGAAAAUCCUCCGCGAAUUGUAAGCAAACAUCGUCAUACACGUGCUUCGAAGCCCAUUCCAAUUGGUAUGCAUCAUACGGUGUGUGGUUCCGAAGCGGUAAAUUUGGCAAAGCGAUUAAAUGAAGAAUUGGCCUCGCAACAAGUGACACAAUGCGGUUCAUUAGGUAAUACAACCACGACCGGUUCAACAAAAAAUAGCCCCGAAGAGUUGCGAUCACGCUCACUAGAACAAGGUGACAAAUCAAAAGCCGGCUAUUCGCGCUACAAAAGCCUACAAGCUGUUAACAAAGAAGAGGAGCAUUUUGAUCCGUACAAAGCAUUGUCCCAAUCGACUCGUUUAAAAUCCGUAAUGACCUAUGAAUCGGCCACAAAUGAGCUACCGCUUUCGUCAAUAACAUUUGAUAAAUGUAACGAAUCACCCGACCCAGAUAAAUUGCAUCGACUCAAUUUCGAUCGUUACGACGUCGAGGAAGGGCGUCACGCAAUGUCACCAUCGGCCACAAAUGAACGUCCAUUGUCCUGUACAUGUUUACCAAACAUGUUUAACGAUGAUCCGGUAAAUGCACCGGGCUCAUUUUAUGGUGACAUCAACGAUGAAUUUCUCUUCAGCGAACCCAUCCUAUCGUCCUCAUGCCCAAUACCGCAUGGUCAUUUCCCAUCCAAUGACAAUCAAAUUUUUUCCGCCGAUUUCAAAGAGCGUCUUAACGAUUAUAAUGCUUUUCGUGAACAUAAACGAUCACAUGCACCACGCAUUUUUCUUAACAAUCAACUACCAAAAAUGUCCGAUUUAAAAUCAAUGCAAAAAGCCAAACUUAGUACCGAUAUAACAACAACAGACGGUAGCGAAUGUAGUUUGCCAAACCUUCCAAUCGACUCAUUUGAUCUAAAACAACAUUCAAUCCAUUCAACAACUAAUACCAAAUCAUUUGCAACGCAUGCAGUGUUCAAAAAGCCAAUCGUCACAUCAUCUCCACAAUUAUCGUCCGAUCCUUCUGUUUGCAAUGCAUACUCGCUAACCAAAUCGAAAAUUAUUUCAACCUCUUCUAAUUCAACCAAUUCUAAAAAUGUACCUAAUGUUAAUAACACGACCAUACCUCAUCCAAAUAUCGUAAAAAUACAUAAUUCAGACGGAACACAAUCGACACAAUGCUCGACGAAAAAACAGGCCAGACACAGUAUUCCGAACCAGAUGGGAUUCUUUAAAAUUAUGGAUAUAGCUGGAGGUUUUAGCAGAAAAAUGGCAACCAGUACAAACAGUUUAUUUUCGACGGCCGUUAUAAGCGGAAGUUCAUCGGCACCAAAUCUACAUCAAAUAAAUACAGCAUCACCAUCAGUAUUGGAAGGAAUUGGCGGUGUGCCAAAUAUUCGGCCACUGGAAACGUUGCACAAUGCAUUGUCGCUGAAGCAAUUGGACGCAUUUUUGGAGAAGAUGACCACCACAACCAUAUUUAAAACGCCAGCAUCAUCACCGCCAAAAUAUCCAUCGACGCCAUUAUUGACACCGACGCAAACUCCACACAACUCCCUGACCGAUAAACCCGGACCGUUGUCAUGUUGGAGCGGUCAAUCUAGCAUGACUGGAAGUUUAAGUGCAAUGUCUAGUGGGGGGCCGUCAAGUCCAGAAAACAGCUACAGCACCCGUAGCGAACUAUCUACAAGCAUCAUAAGCAGUGAAAGUGUGAAUCUUCCAUCCGUCAAUGAAUUGUCGCAAAUGUUUCCAACACUGGAUGGUGAGCUUGGCUCUGUGGCCAAUCAUUUUCGUUUUGACCAUUUAGUGGAGACAGUGAACGAGUGUGCCGAAUGCAUUGAAAGUGAAUUAAAAACGCCGCUACAAAAUGAAAAACAAUUUCCAGCUUCGAGCAUUGACCACGUCACCAGUGUGCCAGACGAAGAAGACGAGGAGCCAACCUUAUCAACUGACUUUGCGUCAAAUCAAAAAGAGUCCAUAUUUACCAGUCACUCCGAUGGAGUCGAAAGCGAAGCGACAAAACUAUUAGAAGCCAUAAUUAAUAAAAGUCCACCAAAACGGCGUCCCGAAAAAUUAAGCACCAUCUCAAAAUCCACACUGGCCCGCAGCACAAACUAUCAAAUACAAAAACAAACGAGUUUGCAUGGCGGUGAAGGAAUGCCCACAACAACAACAACAAGUCGUGAGAAACAACGAGAUUCGAUUAAUCGUUUUCCACGCCGUAAUUUUGAAUAUUCACGUUUUAUGUCGGUCGAUCAGCGUUCCCAGUCUGAUACCGAAGAUAAUGUUGCCAUUAUUGAACCGGGUCAUAUGAAAACCAUAGAUAGUAAAACACAAUCGUGUGCAAAUUUAAAACUAUCGUCUACAUCACCACGUUCGCCGGGUGCCCUUGUCGUGAAGGAAAAAUACAUCGAACUUCCAAAGCAUGUGGCUCAGAGUAUUCGAUCAAAUGCAUCAUCAUCAUCAAGGGAUCAAGAGCCCGAUACCAAAUCCACAUCACUGACAUCGUCGACGGAGUCUAUAGCACGAUUGUCAGUAAAAGUAACGCCAAGAUUCACCACAAUCAAAGUGGACGAAUCGCAAUUGGGUGCCUCAGUUUCAAAGGAAGUCCAAAAUAAAUAACAGAAAAUGAGACAAUAAUUCACGUUAAAUUAAAUUUUAUUUUGUCAUUAUGUUUUUUUUUUUCUCGCAACUAACCGCUAUUUACACUUUGAAAAGUAUGUUAUUUUUUAUUAUUAUAGUAUUAUGUAAAUCAAAGUAUUAUUUUAUUCCGCUGUUAUGAUAGUGAAACUUUUAAUGUGCAUCAAAUGUGAGAUGGAAGCCAAAAUUAUUGAAAAUAACACAACGCUAUGAUAUUGCGUUCUAAAUGAA